CGUAGCGCUUUCGGGGGCGGGACUGUUAGUUCUGACAGGAAAACUAAAGAAAGGCGAGUAUCUCGCAGGAAAAAGAUGGCGGCAAUCAGAAAGAAACUGGUGAUAGUCGGUGAUGGAGCCUGUGGCAAGACUUGCCUCCUCAUAGUGUUCAGCAAGGAUCAGUUCCCUGAGGUCUAUGUGCCUACAGUGUUUGAAAACUACGUGGCAGAUAUUGAGGUGGAUGGUAAACAGGUGGAGCUGGCCUUGUGGGACACAGCAGGUCAGGAGGACUAUGACCGACUGCGGCCUCUGUCAUAUCCAGACACAGAUGUCAUCCUCAUGUGCUUUUCCAUUGACAGCCCUGACAGUUUAGAGAAUAUUCCGGAGAAGUGGACUCCAGAAGUGAAGCACUUCUGUCCCAAUGUGCCCAUUAUUCUUGUGGGAAACAAGAAAGACCUGCGAAAUGAUGAGCACACGCGCCGAGAGUUGGCUAAAAUGAAACAGGAACCUGUGAAGUCAGAGGAGGCGAGAGAAAUGGCCAACCGGAUCAAUGCCUUUGGUUACUUGGAGUGCUCAGCCAAGACGAAGGAUGGUGUGAGGGAGGUGUUUGAGAUGGCCACCAGGGCGGCGCUACAGGCCAAGAAACGAGGCAGAAAGAGUGGCUGCCUUCUGCUAUAGAGUGUCAAGUUACACAGGUUAGGGAGGACAGGAGGAAAGGAUCCUUGCCAACAAAAUCAUUCCUCCUGUUUCUACGUUGUCACCAUGCUGUGCAGAAUUGAAUGGGUCCUUUUCAGGAAUAAGGGAGAAAAUCAAACUAGGUCAAAAGGGGAGUGUAAGCAUUCAUGUCCAAGGUUUAAUCUGCCUUUAAUCUGUAAUCAUAUCUUUGGAUUCAUCAAACCUAAAAUCAAGAGAACAUGGAAAGAAGGAACCAUCUCUCUUAAAGAGGUGCGUUGGGAUUUCCAGACCUAUGAAGUGGUCUCCGUUAUUCUAAAUUGCAGCCUGAUGGUCUGUACACGAGCCCAUCUUUAGAACUGAUCCAUCCCAGGUGUUCAGUACAUUCACAGCUGUGUACCAUAUGAACAAGUUUCUGGAGGACUUGGCUUGUGGCGUUUCUUUCAGUUAACAUCCUAUUAGUCUGUACUUUUGUCAUUUCCUUUAUUUCUCUGCAAAGACCAACCAACUCUAUACAGACCUGAUUUCCUCCUUUAUGAUGAUGAAGUAACCUGUCGCUGCAGGUUCACAUUCAAAAUCCACACUACCGCUCAAAAGUACAAGUUGCCAAAUGUCAAAUUAAAUAAUUCAAUAAAAAUCACACUUUUAUUCUUUAUUAUUGAUAUUAAAAAGUUAAUGAUUUUUGCAAAAAUAAUUGAGUCUUUCCAGCAUUCUACCAUCAGUUUGCUGACAUUUUAGUUCAUUCUUCCAGAAGCUCCCAGUUUAAUGUGGGUGAGAGUGGACUGAGAUCCAAUGACUGUGCUGGGUUCUCAGCUGCUUCUGUAUAGUUUAGUCAUUCUAUGGCUCACUGUGCUGUUGCAGUCAGUCAGCAUCCACAGGAUCCGAUGUUGUCCUGAAUUUCCCAGAAUUUCCCACUUCACCCCAAAGACCUCCAAAACUUUUACAAAGUGCCACUUGACAGGUGGCAGGCACACCUCCACGAUCCUUCAGUCUUUGUCUCAGAAAUAUUCUUUUUGACCCAAAUACCUCUGUUAGGUUUAUCUGUUCAUAAAACUUUCUCCCUGACUUCCUCUGUCCAACAUCUGUUCUUUUUUCCCCACGUUAUUUCUAAAGCACUUUAAAAACAACAUAACA